AUGCAGCGCGCGCUGACCUCCCGCACGAGGACUUCGGUCCUGAACUCGGCAACGAGCCAGUUCCGCCAGGGCGCUGCUCUCGGCCAGGUCCGCUACGCUCACAAGGAACUCAAGUUCGGUGUUGAGGCUCGCGCUGCCCUGCUCACCGGUGUCGAGACCCUCGCGAAGGCCGUUUCGACAACACUUGGCCCUAAGGGCCGCAACGUUCUUAUCGAGUCUAGCUUCGGCGCCCCCAAGAUCACGAAGGAUGGUGUCACCGUCGCGAGGGCCAUUACCCUGAAGGACAAGUUUGAGAACCUUGGUGCUCGUCUGGUCCAGGACGUCGCCUCCAAGACCAACGAGGUUGCUGGUGACGGUACUACCUCGGCCACCGUUCUUGCCCGUGCCAUCUUCUCCGAGACGGUCAAGAACGUCGCCGCUGGCUGCAACCCCAUGGAUCUCCGCCGUGGUAUUCAGGCCGCCGUCGAUGCCGUCGUCGACUACCUCCAGAAGAACACUCGUGACAUCACCACCAGCGAGGAAAUUGCUCAGGUCGCCACCAUCAGUGCCAACGGCGACCACCACAUCGGAAAGCUCAUCGCCAACGCCAUGGAGAAGGUCGGCAAGGAGGGUGUCAUCACCGUCAAGGAGGGCAAGACCAUGGCCGAUGAGCUCGAGGUCACCGAGGGUAUGCGUUUCGACCGCGGCUUCGUCUCCCCCUACUUCAUCACCGACACCAAGGCCCAGAAGGUCGAGUUCGAGAAGCCCCUGAUCCUGCUGUCCGAGAAGAAGAUCUCCGCCGUCCAGGACAUCAUCCCCGCCCUCGAGGCCUCCACCCAGGCCCGCCGUCCCCUGGUCAUCAUCGCCGAGGACAUUGAGGGCGAGGCUCUCGCCGUCUGCAUCCUCAACAAGCUCCGUGGCCAGCUCCAGGUCGCCGCCGUCAAGGCCCCCGGAUUCGGUGACAACCGCAAGUCCAUCCUCGGCGAUCUUGCUGUCCUCACGAACGGUACCGUCUUCUCUGAGGAGCUCGAUGUCAAGCUCGAGAAGGCCACCCCCGACAUGUUCGGCUCCACCGGCUCCAUCACCAUCACCAAGGAGGACACCAUCUUCCUGAACGGCGAGGGCAACAAGGAUGCUCUCGCUCAGCGCUGCGAGCAGAUCCGUGGUGUCAUCAACGACCCCACCACCUCCGAGUACGAGAAGGAGAAGCUCCAGGAGCGUCUCGCCAAGCUUUCCGGUGGUGUUGCCGUCAUCAAGGUCGGCGGCUCCUCCGAGGUUGAGGUCGGCGAGAAGAAGGACCGCUUCGUUGACGCCCUGAACGCCACCCGCGCUGCUGUUGAGGAGGGUAUCCUGCCCGGCGGUGGCACCGCUCUGAUCAAGGCUUCCACCAACGCCCUUAAGGACCUGAAGCCCGGCAACUUUGACCAGCAGCUUGGUGUGAGCAUCAUCAAGAACGCCAUCACCCGCCCCGCUCGCAACAUUGUCGAGAACGCCGGCCUUGAGGGCUCUGUCGUUGUCGGCAAGCUCACUGACGAGUUCGCUGGUGACUUCAACAAGGGCUUCGACUCGGCCAAGGGCGAGUACGUUGACAUGAUCGCUGCCGGUAUCCUCGACCCCCUCAAGGUUGUCCGCACCGGUCUUCGUGACGCCAGUGGUGUUGCCUCUCUGCUGGGCACUACCGAGGUCGCCAUUGUCGAGGCCCCUGAGGAGAAGGGCCCCGGCGGUCCUCCUGGCGGCAUGGGCGGUAUGGGCGGCAUGGGUGGCAUGGGUGGCAUGAUGUAA